UCACACAUCUUUUUACCUUACCCAAGGAUACGCUUUUAUAUUUUAUGUAACUCGAUUGAAUUUUGCCAUUUUCAGGAUGUUGUGGAUAGCUGUGACGCUUCAUUAGAGUUUUGUACCGAUAUAGAUACUAUAAAUGAGACAGAAUUGAAGCGACUACAAACUGUUUUUUGGUUAGAAUUAGCGGCAAUUUUUGACCGUAAUCAUGUGUCACUGGACAAGCGAAAACCGUUCAAGCGACGACGCAAAGAGGAAGGUAACCUCUUCGGAGUUUCUCUGAAUGCGCUUAUAAGACGCGAUCAACAAAUAACAGGAAGGGACUCUACGUUGGUGCCGUUAUUCCUUGAAGGUAUUUUAGAAGAGCUGACGAAACGUGGUGCUAGAGAAGAAGGUAUCCUGCGCGUCGCCGGGCACAAGCAAAAGACUGAAAUACUAUACAAUGAACUGGAGUCAAGCUUCUAUCAGAAGCCUAAAAAGUUUACUCAGCUAUUGAGCUCAGCCAGUCAUGAUCUAAGUGCACUACUUAAGCGUUGGUUGAGGGAAUUGCCUCAACCGCUACUUACCAAUGAGCUCAUUCAGCUAUUCUAUCAAUGCCAUGCUUUACCCCUUUCGGAUCAAUCCAAAGCCCUAGCGAUUAUUUGCCAGAUGUUGCCGCAUGAAAAUCGAAAUACGUUACGAUCGUUGCUACGCUUUCUGAACAAUGUCAUUGAGCAGAAAGAAUACAAUAAGAUGAAUAUGCAUAAUGUAUCAACAAUAAUUGCGCCGUCAUUUUUCCCGCCACGUUACAUACAUCCAAUUGACAAGAAUAGCAUUGAAGAGCAAGUUAAGAUGGCUGCUCAGUGCUGUCGUCUUACUAAUAUGCUGAUAACACGUGGUGAGUCGCUGUUUCAAGUGCCAAAUUGCUUAAUUGAGGAUUCCAAAUCAAGUAAAACGCGGCAGGGUAAACGCCUUUUACAUAGACGCCUUAAAGCCACAACUUCGUUACUUCAUCCGAGUAUUAGCAAUAAUACAGGUGACACUAGCCACCAUCAUAUUCAUUUGCGGUCGAACCACCAGGAAAAUAGUCACCUAGUCAAUGUGGUGACUGUGGAUGGUAGGGAUACCGUCAAGCGUCAACAGUCAAUUAAUCCAAGUCAUGUGCACCGUCUAAUCAUUUGAUCCUUAUGGGGAGUAAGUUGAUCCAGCAGCAUAUAUGUAUGUGUGCAAAACUAUUUAGUUAAACUCUCAAGUAUGUAUAUGCAUAAGCAGAACAACACAUGUAUGUAUGUAGUCUUGCUUUUUGUUUAAUUGGAACAAAUAUUUAAAAGUUGCUUUAGAAAAAUUAAAAUAUGAACAUUUGCCCUGCUAUAUGUUUCACUAUCCUGAAAUUAUUAUGUAUGUAUGUAUAUACAUACAUACAUAACUGUGCCGUUCAUUGAAAAUAGCUUAAGUGGCUUGACUUUGAACUAAAAAAAUAAUCAGUUUCCCUUGAGCAUUUUUAUAUUUUUACUAAGCUUCUAAAGAGGCAUCUUGAACUACACUUUAAAAUAUGUUUGGGAACCCAAUGAAAUGUUGCUUUAAAGGGAAAACGGCCUAUCCUGACUCAGGCUACUUUAAUUGAACGACACAGAUAUGUAUGUAGGUAUUUUAGUAAAUGAUAUAUGAAAAUCGAGAUUGGAAUUUGUAAAACAUAAAAUAAGAUACUAUAUAUUUGUAAGCUAUAAUUGGAGCUUUUUACACAUAAUUUUACCUUCUGUGAGUUACACCUGUGCAAAGGUUCGAAAAUAAAUUUGUUUGCUUUUCUGAGGAUGGAGUACGUAAAUUAUACUCUACUAAUGCAGUUUGAUGACAAACUGCUGACGCAAAGAAUUUUCAAACCUCUAAACGAGGUACCGUUAUCAGUGGAAGAGGGGGGGAGGUCG